AUGACUUUAGGGACGGAUAUGUCCGAUAGCUCAGCACUGUCCGAAGAGGUGGACAUCGACGUGGUCGGGGGAGACAUAUCCGUGGGAAAAGACGGAAAGUACAUUCACCACGAGUUCAACUUGGACAAUGACUCCGACGAUAAUUACUCCCAGAACGCGGCAGAGAGGGUUUCCUCUCCCGGGCUCAGCAGCUCCGACUGCCCGUCAGAGCAGAUGGGCUCCGGCGCAGAGGCUGGCACCGUGGUCGGGGACAAAGCCAGAAAAAGUGCACUUGUGAAACCCCCGUACUCUUACAUCGCCCUCAUCACCAUGUCCAUCCUGCAGAGCCCCAAGAAACGCCUCACUCUCAGCGAGAUCUGCGAGUUCAUCAGCAGCAGAUUCCCCUACUACCGGGAGAAGUUCCCUGCGUGGCAGAACUCCAUCCGACACAACCUUUCCUUGAACGACUGCUUCGUGAAGAUCCCGCGGGAGCCUGGCAAUCCCGGUAAGGGCAACUACUGGACCCUCGACCCGGAUUCCGCAGACAUGUUCGACAACGGGAGCUUCUUGCGCAGGAGGAAGCGCUUCAAGAGGCAUCAAACUAACGAGAUCCUCAGGGACGCCGGUGGUUUCCUACCCGGGUUUGGAUACGGCCCGUAUGGAUACAACUAUGGACUUCAGCUGCAGAGCUUCCACGCAGCUCACAACCCGUAUCACCCACACCACCACACAGGUGGCUCCUUCCCGUUCCCCAACGCGCCCUGCACCUUGCCCUCCUCAGCCGCACUGUUCCCUGCGCCGCAUCCCCUGCCCUCGCUUUUAGGCGCUGAUUUAAGAAAAACCUUUUACCCCCAACUAAGCCCUUCUCUGGCUCCUCUCAAGACGGACUCCAGCACCCCGAGCCGGCCUUCGUUCUCCAUUGACAAUAUCAUCGGCGCAGCCAACUCCUCCGCUUCUUCCUACGGCGCGCAGCCGGGCAGCCAGGCGCAGAUCCUGGCCAUGCUGACCCCAGCUCUGGCCUCUGCUUCCAGUCACUUGACCCUACAGGACAGCAUAUUACAGCCUGGGCCACUGAGUGAGACUUUUACCAGCAAACCACCGAACAUGAACACUUGUCCUUUCUAA